GCCUCACUUUCUUUGAACAGACCACUGAGAGAUCUUUACUCCGGCAGGGAAGCAGUGAGCAGAAAGAAGUGUUUUUUCCUGGAAAUACACGAGCAGAUAUUGAACUGUGGAAGCUUCCUGUUUUCUUAUAAAGAGGCUCUGAGGAGAGAAAAUCCAAGUUGCUUUAUCACUACUAAGCUGGUCAACUGGUUGAAGACGAGAUGAGUUCUGCGUGCCUACAUGUCAUGGGCUUCAUUUUCAGCAUAGUGGGUUGGAUUAGCAUUCUGAUUGCUACCGGCACCAAAGAGUGGGUGCAGGCUUGUUCGAUGCGAGCAAGUGCUUGCCAGCAAUUCAACAGCAUUAAACUACGGGGACUGUGGACGGAAUGCUAUCGAUCAGAUGAAGCCUACCACUGCAAGACGUUAUCCGAUAUCCUCAGAAUUCCAGCCUACCUGCAGGCCAGCCGUGCCCUGAUGGUCACUGCCUCCAUCCUGGGACUGCCCGCCGUCCUCCUCGUGCUGAUGGCAUCACCGUGCAUGCGGCUCGGAGCUGAAAACCAUUCUUCCAAGCACAAGCGAUCCCUGCUGGGUGCCUUCCUCCUCAUUCUGCUGGCAAUCUGUUCAGCAGUAGCCACCAUCUGGUUUCCAGUGGGAGUUCACAAAGCAGAGUACCUGCUCAACUUUGGCUAUUCACUCUUCCUGGGCUGGAUAGGCACAGGCCUCUGCCUGUUUGGAGGAGCGGUGAUUGCCUGCUGCACCGGCCCUUCACCAGAGCCACCAGAGAACCGAUAUUAUUUUGCUUCACAGGGGUCCUCCUCCAUGAUGAACGCAACGCACGCCAAGAGUGCGCACGUCUAAGGAACAAGUGUGUGGACUAGAAGAGCCCUAACAUAUCUCGUGUCAAUUAACUUGUGGCAAAGCACCAAUCUUAAAACACACUAUCUUCUGACAGAAUGGAGGACAGCCAUGGAAAUCAUUCUUCAUGUUGGACAGAGAAAUCAACCCUGGUUUAUGAUUUUAUUGUUGAUUUUUGCCAGAGUACAUUGAGGAAUAGUCACUGAGAAAUAUUGGUUCAUUGUUAUGCAAAUAUCUAACUUCAGAAGUUGAAGCAAGUCUUUAUUUGCUAAGGGGUGGGUGGGUUUCAAAGUUCUAUGUAAAUUUAGUGUCCAAGUUACAUAUAUGUCACCAUAUACAACCCUGAGAUUCACUUUCUUGCAGGCAUUCACACUAAAUAGAAAUUCAAACAACAGAAUCAAUGAAAAAACACACUCGGCAGAGAUGGACUGUCAAUGUGCAAAAGGCACCGAACUAUGCAAAUACAUAAAGAAAUAAAGAGAAUAAUAAUAAUAAGUAAGUCUUAAAAGUACAGAACAUGAGUUUUAGAGUUCUUAAAAGUCAGUCCAUCAAUUGUGGGAACAGUUCAGUGCUGGGGUGAGUGAAGCUGAGUGAAGUUAUCCCCUCUGGUUCAGGAGCUUGAUGGUUGAGUGGUAAUAACUGUUCCUGAACCUGGUGGUGUGGGACCUGAGGCUCCUGCACGUUCUUCCCAAUGGCAGCAGUGAAAAGAGAGCAUGGCCUGGAUGGUGGUGGAUGUUGAGAGGGGUGGGGAAGAGUUCAGGUUAUGGCAUUGAGGCAGAAGAUAGUUUCAGUUUACUUACUGAUCUAAGCUGGCCCUGUGGGUAAAGUAAGCCAGGGACUCAAACAUAAGACAUGACAUUGGAGCGGAAAUAGGCUAUUUGGCCCAUCUAGUACAUUCUGGCAUUCCAUCAUAACUGAUUCACCAUCCCUCUUAAGCCCAUCCUCCAGCCUCCUCCCAGUAACCUCUGACACCCUGAUUCAUCAUGAACCUAUCAGCCUCUGCCUUAAAUACACCCAAUGACUUGGCCUCCAUAGCUGGUUGUGGCAAUAAAUUCCUUAGGUUCCAAGAAAUUUAUUUUCAUCUCUUUUACAAAGGGUUGUUCUUCUAUAAUGAGGCUGUGCCCUCAGAUCCCAGAGUCCUCCACAUUAGGAAACAUCCUCUCCUCAUCUAUUCUAUCUGUACCCCCUGGUCCAGACUCCCCCACUGUAGGAAACAUUCUCUCCACAUCCACUCUAUAUAUACCUUUCAAUAUUCAAUAGGUUUCAAUGAGAUUCCCCCCCCCCAAACAUUCUUCUAAACUCCAGCAAAUACAGGCCCAGAGGCAUCCAAUGGUCCUCAGAUGUUAACCCUUUCAUUCCUUGGAUAUUCUCAUGAACCUCCUUUUAAACCUUCACCAAUGGCAGCAUUGCCAUUACUAACUUACUUACUCACACUGCAUUCCCCUCCGCAUAUGUUCCUCAAACUUGGACACAAAGACACCAAUUCCUUCCUCCAAAGGAAUGUAAAGGUGCCUCAACACCAAACCCUGUGGCACACAGUAGUCACUGUCUGCCCACCAUAAAGGCCUCCUUUAUCCCCACUCAUUGUCUCCUGCCAGUCAGCCAAUAUCCUAUCCUGACUAGUACCUUCUUUGUAAUACCAUGGGCUUUUAUUUUGUUAUGCAGCCUCAUGUGUGGCACAUUGUCAAAGGCCUCAUGAAAAUCCAAAUAAACAACAUCCACUGACUAUCCUUUGUCUAUCCUCUCUGCAAUUUCCUCAAAGAAUUCCAAAAGAUCUGUCAGCAAUAAUUCCCCUUUAGAAAAACACACUAACUUUGGCUUACUUUGUCAUGUGCCUUCCAGUACUCCAAAACCUCUCCUUAAUAAUAGACUCCAACAUCUUCCCAACUACUGAGGUCAAGCUAACUGGCCUAUCAUUUCCUUCCUUCUGCCUCCUUCCCUUCUUAAAAACUGUGUGAUAUUUGCAAUUUUCCACUCAGGAACAAUUCCAGAAUCUAGUGAUUCUCAAAAAAUCAUUACUAAUGCCUCCACAAUCUCUUCAGCCACCUCUUUCAGACCCUGGAGUGUACACCAUCUGAUCCAGGUGACUUAUCUAGCUUUAGACUUCUCAGUGCCCAUGCUUAAUAAAACCAACAACACUCACUUCUGCCCGUGACACUCUUGAAGUUUCUUCCACAGUGAAAACUGACUCAAAAUGCUUAAGCUUGUCCAUCAUUUCUUUGUCCCUCAUUAGUCCAGUGUCAUUUUCCAGCAGUCGGUCUGUACUCCCAUCUCUAUUUUACUCUUUAUAUAUCUGAAAUAAACUUUAUACAUACACUUAAAUAUCAUUGGCUAGCUUCCCUACAUAGUUCACCUUUUUGGCGAUGUCUCCUUUCAAUCCUCAUUAAUGUCAGCAUUCAUCUUCCAAGCUAAAUCAAAUCGUCCGAUAAUCUCCUUUCGGCAUCAGCUCCCUGGAAACCACAUGCCCUGUAACUCAAUCUUGUGCCAGCUCUUUUGCAAAUGGAUUUUAAUUAUGAUGGAAUGUCAUAACAGACUAGACGAACAAAGGAAACUGUGAAUAGGAGGAGACUGAGGCUAGAAAACUGUGCCCCCGCCACUGCGGCAUGCAAUUUCAAAGAUUAUUAAACAUUUCCUUUGAUGUUAGGACUAAGAAACAAAGUCAAUUAGUGCUUUUAUCCCAAGGGAAAUCAAAUUCAUGGUUCGGGCAAUGAACUGAGCAAUGUUAAUUAAGCCAAUAUUCAGGCGCCACGGUUGCUUAGCAGUUAGUGCUAUGCUAAUACAGCUACAGUAAAUAGGUGGGUUGCUGCGCGGAGCCACUCAUUGGCUGUAUCUCUAAAUAAAAAUAAAAUAAA